AGCUGUGCUAGCUAGUUCUUGAUUUGUUCACCAUGGCUCUUCCCAUCACUGUCCUGUUCCUCCUCUUCACACUGCACAUUCCUGCAUCCUGCAAGGUGACAGACACCAUCUCAGCUGGGGAGACACUCGCCGGCAAUGACAUACUUGUCUCCAGCAACGGCAAGUUUGCGCUUGGCUUCUUCCCAACCAGCAGUAAGUCCUCCCACAAUGCUUCAAACUGGUACCUGGGGAUAUGGUUCAACCAGGUGCCAAAGCUCACUCCAGCAUGGGUUGCCAAUGGAGAUGAGCCUGUCACUGGCCCCACUUCGCCGGAGGCCACAAUCUCCGGUGACGGAAACCUUGUCAUCUUAGAUCAGGCCACAAAGUCCAUCUUCUGGUCAACCCAAGCUGACAUCACAGCAAACACAACAAUGGUCAAGCUAUUGGAUAAUGGCAACCUUGUCCUGCAGAACACCUCAAAUUCUUCGGUUGUCUUGUGGCAAAGCUUUGACUACCCAACAAAUACCCAUCUCGCCGGUGCGAAGCUAGGCCGGAACAAGGUCACUGGCUUAAACCGCCGUCUUGUUUCCAGGAAAAACUCUGUAGACCCAGCUUCUGGCAUGUACAGUUACGAGUUAACUGACAACAAUGGUUCUACCAGGUUCAUCCUUGCAGCUCUCAACUCCUCUAUACCAUAUUGGUCUAGUGGAGAAUGGAACGGACAUUACUUUGGUUCCAUACCAGAGAUGACAGGUCAACGCUUAAUUGAUUUUACUUUUGUCAACAAUGAUGAAGAAGUGUACUUCACAUAUACCUUACUAGAUAACGCAACGAUCAUGCGUUUUAUGCUGGACAUCUCUGGUCAGACCAAGAUAUUUUUGUGGGUGGAGCAUGUGCAAGAUUGGGUACCAACCUACACCAACCCAAAGCAGUGUGAUGUGUAUGGCAUUUGUGGAGCUUUCACAGUCUGCGAAGAGAGCAAGCUUCCUAUCUGCAAGUGUAUGAAGGGCUUCUCUGUACGAUCACCCAAUGACUGGGAGCUAGAUGAUCGAACAGGCGGCUGUGUGAGAAAUACUCCAUUAGACUGUGGUAUAAACAGAAACACCAGUAUGCAAGACAGGUUCCACCCUAUGCCGUGUGUUGGAUUACCCAGUAAUGGCCAAAUCAUAGAAGAUGUUACAAGUGCAGGUGGAUGUGCACAAAUUUGCCUGAGCAACUGCACUUGCACAGCAUAUUACUAUGGUAAUACUGGAUGCUCUGUUUGGAAUGAUGAAUUGAUUAAUGUGAAACAGCUACAAUGUGGUGAUAUUGCUAAUACUGAUGGAGCAAUUCUUUACCUUCGCCUUGCUGCCAAAGAGGUGCAAAGUAUAAAAAGCAGUGGACGAUCAAUAUUCAUUGGCGUUGCCAUCACUGCAAGUGUUGCUUCCUUUGCUUUGGCACUCUUCUUGAUAGCGAAGAUCCCAAGGAACAAGAGUUGGCUGCUUGGUCACAGAAGAAAGAAUUUUCAUAGUGGUAGUGGAGUUAUUGCAUUUAGAUAUGCUGAUCUGCAACAUGCAACAAAAAACUUUUCAGAUAAGCUAGGGGCAGGUGGUUUUGGCUCAGUAUUCAAAGGGCUUCUUAAUGAGUCUACUGUCAUAGCAGUAAAAAGGCUUGAUGGUGCUCGUCAAGGAGAGAAGCAAUUCAGAGCUGAAGUAGGAUCAAUUGGAAUCAUCCAACACAUCAAUUUAGUUAAACUAAUUGGUUUCUGUUGUGAGGGUGAUAGAAGAUUGCUUGUCUAUGAACACAUGCCAAACCUCUCUCUUGAUACCCAUUUAUUUCACAAUGACGCUACAGUCUUGAAAUGGAGCAUAAGGUAUCAAAUUGCUCUUGGAGUUGCUAGAGGACUAGCUUACCUUCAUGAUAGUUGCCAGGAUUGCAUUAUACACUGUGACAUUAAACCAGAGAACAUACUUCUUGAUGCAUCAUUUGUUCCAAAAAUCGCAGAUUUUGGGAUGGCAAAGUUUCUGGGAAGGGAGUUUACUCAAGUUCUCACUACAAUGCGAGGAACUAUAGGGUAUCUUGCACCUGAGUGGAUUAGUGGUACAGUUAUUACAUCAAAGGUUGAUGUCUACAGCUAUGGAAUGGUUUUGCUGGAAAUCAUCUCAGGAACGAGGAACUCAAGCAAAGAAUUUGCAACUCGUGAUGACUAUGAAUAUUUCCCUCUGUUAGUGGCACAUAAGCUGCUGGAUGGUAAUGCUGGGAGUUUGGUGGACCAAAAUUUACAUGGCGAUGUUGAUUUGGAGCAGGUAGAAAGAGCUUUCAGGGUUGCAUGCUGGUGUAUUCAAGAUAAUGAGCUUGAUCGACCUACAAUGAGUGAAGUUGUUCAAUAUCUCGAAGGUCUUCUUGAAGUUGGCAUACCCCCAGUGCCACGACUACUUCAAGCUAUUGCAGGCAACCCAUAUUCAAAGUAGUUGAUGGGUACCUGAACCAAGCUUCAGAAGAGGCAGGCCAACUGUAAGAUACAAUAGAGCACCGUGCACCUCAUUCUUGACACGAAAGUAGCUCUGAUGUAAUCCUGGGGCUUCCCUUCAGUAGUUGCCUGGAGUCUAAUCUGUCAAAAUAAAAGCAGUGAUGAUUUGAUAAUCCAAGUCUCCUGCAGAAACCAAAGUCCUCUGCUAAUCUGUGGCACAGCUUUGAGCACCUGAUAAGUAAAUUUCUCGCCGGUACAAAGAUUAUUUAGAACAAGCUUGCCGGUAUAAACUGCUGUCUAAUUGUGUUGUUCCCAGUAAGAAUUUGUCAACCUUGUACCUGGAAUAUAUCAUGAGUAAGGUCAUCCUCAAACAACUGAAAUCUCCCCAGCCACACUUGGUUUUUUACUGAACCAAGACACACUGCUUGAACAAGAAGGGAUCGAUCAAUAGCUCAAUUUGAUGUUAGCCAUGUUAUGUCAAUAGCACCAAACUGUACAUUUAGCAACAAUGGAAGAGGAUAGCACUUUAAAUAUACCUUAUGAGACGAGAUAACAGCUGUGCAUCAUUUA